AUGCUAGAGUAUAUCACGACUGUGAUGCAACAACAUUGGCAUCAGGAUUUGCCACAUUUCGAUAAGUAACCACAGGCUUGAGUGUUUUGGCAUCAACAAUUUGUAUCAUGAACAUCAUAAGAAGAUUUCGCAACUUGAUUCAUUAUCGAUCCCGGCGGCUAAAGUCAGCAUCACAACCGUCCAAAUCUGCUGUGCAAGGAUUUCGGUACAGUUCGAUGGCACCAGCCGUCGUUGGAGCCGCCAAAACCAAAUGUCCUCGCCUCUGUUCGAUACCCAGCUUCCCUCCGAUCUCUCCAGAGUUCCUGCAAGUCAGGCGGUCACAGGAUGCCCCGCUUCUCCCGAGUUCUCAUCGGAAAUCUCUCUGUCUGGAGAUUACAUUGUCGCCAAUUGCGCCCUCGGAGUGUGAAAUAGAGGACAUGAUACUCUCGCCCAAAGAUCGCUCACAGGACGUAGACGGCGCUUCAUUUUUAAGCACCCUCUCAGGCUCAACUGUGAUAAGCACCGACACUUCACUAUACACUCGAUCAUGGCCUUUAGCCGAUCCCCUCAUACGCAUUCCAACGACAUCACAGCUUAGCACCAGCACCAGCACCAGCAGCAGCCGCACGCGCAUACUUCCCAACUCCUUACCAAACCCUCUCGCCUCCCAUCCUACACACCCCCAGCGUCACGCAUCCCAGCGCUCUUUUGCCCCGCCUCCUCGACCCGCAAACUUCCCAGCGACCGGCCCAGCCGUUCCAGCCGUCCGCGCGGAUAGCUUUGGGCUCAUGGAGCCUUGGGAGCAGAAAGAGGGCGUGUAUGGGGAUACGUCGAGGCGGGGAUCGAGGCUUUGGCAUGCGGCGGGUGUGCGGGAACCGCGUCGGGCUGGGAAGCUAGUGAAGAGGAAUAGGACGUGGUGAUGCGGGUGAGGCUGGGAUGGAGGCAGGCUCAUAGGAGGGCGGAAGGGGCGGAGAUGGGAAUGUGUAGUAUGUGAUCGUGAAGGUUUGAAUGUGGUUGGCAGGCUGGACAUUGUGAGGGAGAAACGAAUUCGGACUUGUACAAGCUCCAUCUAAAUAAGUUGAUAAGAUAUGUACCAUAUUAUCAUAGAGUUCAUCCAAUGACUUAGAAGAGCCAGGCUUAGUUGUUCCCGUUGUCGAGUAGCAUGGAGACGAUGUUAUGAUUGUUAGGGUGUGGCGGUGGCGGUAUUUAUUGUCUACUCUCU